AAGGGGAGUGGGAGAGAAGCGUAGCAAUAGGGUAGCUGGAGUCCUAAACCCCUGAAAACCCCAUCGUGCUCAUCUGGCAAUGGCGUCGGUCGCAUUCAGAAACCCUAGCUCGAGGCGCUUGCUCUAUCUAUCUCCACAAAUCCACGCCUGCUGCCGGGGAUCGGUUUUAGCUCAGCCCUCGCUCUCCGAAUCGCCGUCUCAAAAUGAGACUCCCUUGUUUUCCAACCCCUGGUGGAGAUCUAUGGCUACCUUUACUCGAACAAAGCCUCAUGUUAAUGUGGGAACAAUUGGGCAUGUUGAUCAUGGAAAGACUACACUAACUGCAGCAAUUACAAAGGUCCUAGCUGAAGAAGGAAAGGCUAAAGCUGUUGCCUUUGAUGAAAUUGAUAAAGCACCUGAAGAGAAAAAAAGAGGAAUUACUAUUGCAACGGCUCAUGUGGAGUAUGAGACUGCUAAGAGACACUAUGCUCAUGUAGAUUGUCCAGGGCAUGCUGAUUAUGUUAAAAACAUGAUUACUGGAGCUGCCCAAAUGGAUGGUGGCAUUCUCGUUGUAUCUGCACCCGAUGGACCCAUGCCCCAAACGAAAGAGCAUAUUUUGCUUGCACGCCAGGUUGGUGUACCAUCACUUGUGUGCUUUUUGAACAAAGUUGAUGCUGUUGAUGAUGAAGAACUACUUGAACUCGUGGAAAUGGAACUCCGUGAAUUGCUUAGUUUCUACAAGUUCCCUGGGGAUGAAAUCCCUAUCAUUCGAGGUUCUGCUCUGUCAGCUUUACAGGGUACAAAUGAUGAAAUUGGAAGGAAGGCUAUUUUGAAGUUAAUGGAUGCUGUAGAUGCAUAUAUUCCGGAUCCUGUUCGUGUGCUUGAUAAGCCAUUCCUAAUGCCAAUUGAAGAUGUUUUCUCUAUUCAGGGACGUGGAACAGUGGCUACUGGCCGUGUUGAGCAAGGAACUAUAAAGGUGGGAGAAGAUGUGGAGAUUUUGGGGCUGAUGCAGGGAAAUCUCAAAAGUACAGUGACUGGUGUUGAAAUGUUCAAGAAGAUCUUGGAUUAUGGACAAGCUGGUGACAAUGUUGGUCUUCUACUGCGUGGUUUAAAGCGUGAUGAUAUCCAGCGAGGAAUGGUGAUUGCAAAGCCUGGAACAGUGAAAACAUAUAAGAGGUUUGAGGCAGAGAUAUAUGUGCUCACCAAGGACGAAGGUGGCCGCCACACUGCAUUUUUCUCAAACUAUAGGCCUCAGUUUUACAUGAGGACAGCUGACAUCACGGGUAAAGUGGAGUUGCCAGAAGAUGUCAAGAUGGUCAUGCCUGGGGAUAAUGUAACCGCUAUUUUUGAGCUAAUCUCUCCUGUUCCACUGGAAAAAGGUCAAAGAUUUGCCUUGAGGGAAGGUGGCAGGACAGUCGGUGCUGGCGUUGUUUCCAAAGUUAUAAGCUGAGGUGCACAUGCUAUUGCAGUUUAGGCUUCUCUAUGCUUUUUGUCCGGAGAGAGAGGGGCUAGAACUAGAACUAUUCUAGCGUUACGCAUUGCAAUCCUGUGUUUGGUUUGUUUUGUACUCGUCAUCUGAUCAAAAAAUAUAUUUAUGGUUAAUGUCAAGGCAGGGUGAUGUGAAAUUCAUCAUACUCAGGUUUUUAAUCCCUUUUAGCAUUUUCUUAUAGGUCUUUGAAGUAGCAAUUGCUCAACAACUUUACUACGCAUCAGUGAAUAAAUAGUGCUUCUAUUUUA